GUCAGAAUCAGGUGUAAUAGUCAUCCCCAGAGACUGAGUCUGGUGUGUGGGACAGAAAACCUUUACUCCAAAGGGGAAAAUUGUGACAGUGAGAAGUGUGCGAAAGAGAGAGAUCAAUUAACACAGCUGCCUUUAGGUAUAUAUGUAGAGAAGACAUUUUCAGCAGAAGUGUUUUAGAGAACGUGGAUAGAAGAAGACUCCUUCAUACAGAAUGUCCCAAAGCAGCUACUAUGAGUGUGAAAAACGAGGUCAAGGUUCAGGCUAUCCUUCCCGUAUGGGACCAUCUCAAGCAGAGAUUGUAGGAGGCAAUCUCUGUGACCCUGAGACCUCUGUGGAUUUAUCCACAUACAUUGAGUCAGGAGAGGAUGUUUUGUGUGAUCUGUUUUCUAUGAAGCAAGAAAGACUUAAAACAUCAUAUCAAUAUCUGCCCUCCGAAGGGCUCUCGGCAGCUGCUCUGUAUGGAUACACGCAUGGCAUGGUACCAGAACGCAGAAUAGGAGGAUAUGAAUCCGGGGGAGUGAUUGUGAAGGAGGAGACACGAGGAUCACACAGGACCAUGUGCAAUACUCUACAAUACCAGGCCCCCCAAUGUACACAGACCGCAAUGCAUCUUCCUCCUCAGAUGGAGGGAGUACACCCUGCACUCCGCGUGUUAAAGGGUUCUCUCUCUGGGAUGAUGUCUGCCCCUCCAUUGAAAGAACAAAGCCAUAAGGGCAAGAAGUCACUGAGUAAAGACAGCCUUGAGUAUCGCAUGCGUCGUGAAAGAAAUAAUAUUGCUGUUCGCAAAAGCCGUGAUAAAGCCAAACGGAGGAACAUGGAAACUCAACAGCGGGCUCUAGAAUUCAUGGCAGAGAAUGAGAAGCUACGCAGCCGUAUCCAACAGCUGACUCAAGAGCUUGAUGCUUUGAGAGGGGUUUUCAGACAAAUCCCAGAAGCUGCUGCUUUGGCCAAGUCAUCUGGAGCAUGCAGCUGAAAAUGUACAGUAUAAGAAAAGAUUGUCCUACAGGAAUGGCUCAGAUUAUACUUCACUCAAAGAUUUAUGCGUGUGCAAGUGUUAGUCUGGGACUCAUGCCAUAUGACUAGCAACUUUCAUGACUUUUGGGGUCUCCAGGUGCCACCAUACUUAAUUCCCAAGUACAUAGUCUAUAGAUUCCUCUCUUGCAGUCAAUUGUACAUAUAUCUGACAAACAAAGGAUUAGAGGCCAAGAAAUAUGGAGAAUUGUCUGAUGUGAUGUCUAUAAAUAAAAGUAAACCCAUAUAUAUAGAAAGAUGCGUCUAAAUAUACAAAAGGAAGCAAACACAAGAAGAAGUGAAACACAUUAAUGACUUUCUGUGUCUAUGCUUCUCUCUCUCUACACUUACGUACAUCUUUGCUGGUUCUUAGCAUACCUUGCUCUUCCCUGAGGUAUAUUGUCCAUGCUUUAUCUCAUUAUACCUGCAUCCACCCUACUGUUAUCCCACCUUUUCACUCUGCUUGAUCCAUCUUUUUCCCCCCUGUCAUCUGCUCUCUCUUUCUUUCUCUUUCUCUCUUCAUGACCUCUCCCCAUCAUCUACUUUUCUCUGAAAGUCUGAGGGAAAUCUUCCUAUUACAACAUAUUGUUUGCACAAAGUUGGUGACCACAAAGUUAGUUCAUCAUCCUGUUAGAGGGAGUAGUGGGGGAAAUAUUAUCACGGUGGAGAGAGGCAGAAGAUACAGCGGGUGGGAGAAUAUGACUCAGAAUGUGAUAGUCUACAUCUAUCUUUAUAUGCAAUAUUUUCAUUCUGUAUGCAAACUUGUAAGGGCUCUUUCACACGAGCGGUUGCUGUGCGUGGAAU